CACGUAUUUUGAAUCACGAAAGCCACAACACACAUAAAGAAGGUCUGUGAAUAAAACCUACCUUCAAGUGCUCCAUUUCUGCUCCAUUUCUUUGCGAUCUUCAACCUUCUUCCUUCCUUGUCACGAGAAGAUCAUCAAGUAUCCACAACUCAUAGCUCCACGAAAAACGAUCCACCAUGGCAUUCAUCGAAGCCCUCAUCCUCCCUCUUCGGGUCAUUCAAGCAGUUUUUGCCAUCAUCGUUCUCGGUGUCCUGGCAUAUGCUGCAAAUGAUUGGGCCUAUUAUUGGUCUCCAUCUCAGGUCAACUUCCUGAUCUUCACCUCGGUGUGGACAUUACUCGCUGUCGCAUACCUCGUCAUCGCUCCUAUGCACUUCAAGACAGCAGCCCACAAGUUUGGAAUCCUCGCUGCUGAAACCAUCACAAUGCUUUUCUGGUUUGCAGGCUUCAUUGCUUUGGCUGUACUGUUGACGGAUAUCGACUGUACUGCGCAUACAGGGAAAUAUUGGGGACCAUGCCGUGCUUCGAUUGCUGGAGAUGUCUUUGCUGCUUUUGAAUGGCUUCUGUUCACUGCGACUACAAUCAUGGCAGCACUUUACUGCUGGCGCACACGCAAUGAAAGAUCUGGCAAGCACGACCCGGCAGUGGAAGUUCACCACGUAUAGGAGGAAGGAAUGGAGGAGAGUACGAUAAUCAGCUUUGAGCUACUACUUUCGAAAAGAUACCCUGGGUUUCCUUUGUUGUUUUGGAGCGGGAUACUUUCCAAGUUUGGGGAUACCACAAAUUGUUUUCCAAGGAGUAAGCCUCUGUAAUCAAAUAUCAUAAUGUUCUUUCACAUCACAAGGCCUCGAGAUGAGAGGAGAUUUUCAUUGAUGUAAUCUUGGGUUCAGGGUUUCGAAAAUGAUACCACAAAUGAAUUUGCU